CGCUUGCUUUGAGCGCGUCAGUAAGCAACUUCACUCUUUGUGGGAUAUGAUUUUUGUUUUCUAUUUCCUUGUAUAUACUACCUUAUUAUUUUUUUUUUUUUAUCUACAGGUGGCAGGGUUGCUUCAUUUCUUCUGAGGUUGCUGCAUUGGCUUUGAGGGAAUGAAAGAUCCAAAGCUUGAUAGAAAUAUAAAGAUACACAGCCCUUCUACAUUAAUGAGUAGUGGCGUACCCCUAUUCAGGCGUAUGCGGAAUUCAUGAUCGCCUUCACAAAUAGGUUUAAGAACUUCUUCGGUGUUGUUAUCCAGGAUGUGCAAAUCAGUCUUGGGCCCGACGGUGAGCUGAAGUUUCCGUCUGGCCAAGAUGACUCCAUGUGCGGAGAAUUUCAGUGUUAUGACAACUACAUGUGUGCCUCACUUCAACAAUUUGCCUCAGACAGAGGGGUGCCAGAAUGGGGAUCAUCUAUUCCGGAUGAGAAGGAGUUUUUGUCAAACGCUGGCUGGAAGACAGAGCAUGGGAGAUUUUUCCUGGAAUGGUACUCUGGUAUUCUUGUGUCCCAUGUAGAAUGCAUUUUGAGGCAAGCCCAAUAGUGUCUGUCUCAUGUUGGAAUUUAAGCAAAACACUACUAGAAUUAUGGUCCCAGACAUCGGCCAAAAACCGAUGAGAAACAAAAACCCAACCGAUGUCUUAGUGGGUGAUGACAAAGAUCCGGAAAAUCCAGACAUCAGUUUUUAGUCGAUGUCCAAUAUUAGUUUAGACAUCGAUUCCUUAUUACAAAUCGAUGUAAAUAGGUUUAAAUGAUUAUGUUUUAC